AUGCCUUCCAACCCGCACCCACGCGAUCAUUCUCCAGUCCUCGCUGCUUCUCUACCCCCUGCUCAUUUACCGUCUACAAAACCGGAAAAUCUUUCUACCUAUCCCUCCUCAGCUCCUCAACUAAAUCCGAAUAUCUCAUCCGGUGACGUACCGCCACAAACGCGUCCGACACCUCAGACUAUCAUUAUUCCGGCACCCACUACCAUACCUCAAUAUGCUGGUAAACCUACUGAAAAACCUCUCCAGUUUUUACUUCGUCUUCAGCACUAUGCUUCAAGCAUGUACGGCUGGACUGAUACCGCAUUAUUGCAGGGUAUUUCUACCUUUUUACUGGAUACCGCUUUAGACUGA